UAAGAGCAAGGUAAGAGGCUCGAAGACUCAGUGAGCGACAGGCAGCGACUCGUUUAUUUAACAGCUCGUUUUUUCCAGCUUGUCUUCUUUUUGCUGGCCGCAAGCACCCAUGAAUCAUGAAUCGGGUCGUCCUGAGUUGAUAUCGAAUCGCUUGGAAUGACCCAGAGGAAUGAGUACAGAAGGAAAUCGGAUUGACCCAUAAAUGAUUGUUCAACUUUCAAUGAACUCCAAAUAUCAACAUGCAUCGUUUCAGUACCAGCAACCCGAUGUGAUUCCGCGUAAUGAAUUCAUCAGCCUGCGAGAACGUCGACACGCACAGAAUGUUGUAUCCCUCGUGACAGAGGUAUUAACUCCAGACUAAAGUCACAAAGGAUUGGCCAACUUCCACACCUGAGUGUCAAGGAUCGACCGACAAUCGUGAAAACUCGUCUCGAUCUGGGCAGCCCGAUGUGAUAUGUCCACUGUCAUGAUUUGACAGAAUCAGCACAGACACGAUCGGAUGGCACAAUGUGACAAGACGAUAUGACUGCGUCGGAUAGGUUCGGCGACGUGUAGAGCAAUUAAUCAAUGCCCCUUGAAAGAGAAAACCCUUCAAUCGAUCUCAGUGAGAGUCAAGUCCUCCAUGACCCAUUCAUUGGCACAGAUGACCUCGCGCCAACGACUCGAUACAUUUUCGCCAUUCACGGAUUCGACCUCGACAGACAGUCACGGUUGUUCCCACCUGUCAAAUGUCGCAAUCGGCAAUUGCGGUUGUACGUCGACAUUGUGGGGAAUUCUGGGGUAAUGUCUAAAGGAGUGUUUGUCCCCUGGAAUAUUCGAAAGAAGGCCUGUUCGUUGGGAAAGAAGGGUACCAUCGUCUGGCGUGAUUCGAGGCGCGCCACGCAGGUGCCGCAGAUCAUGAUGGUGAUUAUCUGGUGUGAAAUUGACAAUCAAGUGAACGAUGAUUGGUUGGGUGCAUCGGAGGGCGUACGAUGACCGCAGCUCGAGAUUUUUUUCUCUGGGUGAAACGUUCGGAGUAAAGCAGCAUGAGAGGGUUCAGGUGAGGAAAGGCUCAAGAGCUGACGCAGCUGGCUAUAAAUCUGGCUUUGGUUGGGUGCUCACGAGGUCACAGAUGUUCACGCGCUCGUACAAUCAGAGGCGAUUAGGCACAAUUUGUAGGAUCAGGUAUGGUCGAGAACGAAUUUUAAAAUACAGAAUAU